AUGUUUAAUCGCAGUGGGUGCACAAAUGCAGUUUUAGAUUUUAUUAAUUCAAAUCUGAUCAGAGGAGUGAACUUCAUGAAGGAAAAACCCUGCAAAGUAAAAAUUCUCCAAAACUUGAACAUUUUCCUGAAGAGGUUGGACUAUGUAGUCGUCUCUCCUCUUACCAAGGAAACUCUGGAAGAAAUAAAAAGACUUAAAAAACACAUCCUUAACAAUUGUCUAUCGGGAAUACCUCCAGGGUUCGGAACAGAGCGGAAUGAACAGCUGCACAAGCUGCUAAACAGAUCCUUGUUGUCAGGAGCAACAAGAAUCAACGUGGAAUUAGUUGUAGCGAUUCUCGCUGUGCUUUUCUAUCACCACAAUAGUCGGACUUUACUAACAAAGCAUAAAUGCAAUCCAAGAGUAGGAUGCGCUCUGCCGAUUGAGGAAGCACUGGAGUAUCACACUUUACAAGAGGACGGCCUCAUUUCGGAUGUAAACUCCAGCAAUUAUCAGCAAGAUACCACCGUUGUUGCAGGGGAAAUUGAGGAUGUGCACACGGAAUUUGUAUCUAGGAGAAAUUUUGGCCUGGAAAUAGAAGAAGUAGUCGCCGACGGAGACUGUGCCUUUAGAAACUUAGUGAAGCAAAUUUAUAAACUUAUUGCAGGAAAUACACUAUUCAAAGAACAUUUGGAGAGCAUCAGUUUGUUGAAGACUGAAGAGAAAGACACUUAUCACUUGGGGCAACUUUUUGUUGACGAGGUCUUAAGUGGAGAAGAAGAACUUGAACUACCUAAAGAAGAUGAUGUUGAAACCCUUCAGGAAAAAGCGGAGGAAUUUCAAUCACCAGGAGUUUACGACAAGAUGCGUGGGGAUUUGGUCAUGAAGACAUCCGCACAAAUACUACAAUUGCCAACAAUGAUGGACGAAGCUCAAUAA